ACCACAAAAACUCAAAAAUCUCAUUCGCUUCUUAAAUCUCUAUUGAGAAGUGAUAAAGAGCAAACCAUGCAAGACUUCGUCUGCGAAACUCGAUGAUGAUCCAUCAAGCUUUUGUUUACCCACGUUUCACUCACCCAGUUUUCACCAGAGGAUUCGGGUCUAAUGGAGAUGUAUUUCCGCAUCAAUCCCGAACAAAAAACCCAAGAGUAGCAUUUUGCGCUUCUGAUGAUCAAAUUGCCAAUUCCAAUUCGAAGAAGACAAGGAAAGUAGUGGAGCAUUUGUGUUUACUCAAAGCGAAAGUGGAUUUAUCUGCUGAGGAAGAAAAAGAUAUGCUCGAUUAUCUUUACACUUCUCAAUAUCAAAUGAGAGGCAUUGUCGCUAUAUCUGUAGGUAGCAUCGAUGAUAGAAACAAUGAAGAUUACACGCACGCUCUCUUCAUGCGAUUCCAGAGGAAGGAAGACCUUGACAAGUUCUAUGAGAACCCUUUCUUCUUGAAAAUUCUCGGUGAACAUGUAACACCAUUCUGCCAUGGGCUAGUUAAUGUAGACUAUGAAUCAGAGGUUGAAGAUGAUAUCCUUUCAAUAUUUCGAAAGGGCGAGGAGUACAACUAUGGCCAAGAGUUUGUUCUUCUGGUUACUUUUGAUAAGAACGCUUCUGGCAAGAACACUAAAGAUGCAAUGGAUUCUUUUGCACAGCUAACUUCAUCUCUUCCAUCAUUAAUUGUUCAGUCCACACAAGGUUCAAACUUUAAUGAUAGCAGUAAGGAAUUCACACAUGCAGCAGUAGUUCGAUUCCGUUCCUUUGAUGCCAUGGAGAUUUUCGUUGAUGGCAGAGAGUAUAAAGAUAUGUGGAGGUCACAAUUUGAGCCGUUUAUCGAAAGAUCAGUAGUUCUUCAUUUCUCUGUGGAUCCCGUGGGUACUGACAUCAUGUGAGACAUAUCCCAAAACAUUUCAACUUAACAUGUAAAGAUUUGGUUGCAGUGCAUUAUCAACAAAGUUGUCUUUAUUACUUUUGAUACAACAAAACUUGUUGAAGUAAGAUUCUUGGUUACAAAAACUAUAUCUGCAGUUAGAACAGACAA